AGGCCACAUUCAACUUGCCCGCGCCGCCCAAACGCUUCUGGCCUCCCACCCGUCCUCCGCCUCUCCUUCUGUUCCUUCUUUUUCCCCCCUUGUUCUCUUUGAAAUCUCCACCUCCAAUGCCGAUAAGGGCAUGACGGAAAGAAGUGCCCUCAUGCCUCGCUUCUCGCAAUUUGCCUCUCUCUCUUCUGCCCUACUUGUCCUUACCCGUGCCCCACUUUUUCUCGAAAAAGCUCGAAUUUUCCCCCAUUCUUGCUUCUUGAUUGGGGCGGACACUGCCAAACGGCUGUUGCAGCCUAAAUACUACGAAACGGCAGAGAGGGAAGGAGGAGGGAAAGGAGGGCGGGAUGCCCUCCUUCUGGCCUUGAACGAAAUAAGGAUGCAGGGCUGUCGUUUCAUCGUGGGGGGCAGGAAAGUGAAAGGGAGCGAUGGGAAAGCAGACUUCCUGACGUUGGAAGCGGUGUUAGAGGAAGCGCGGCCGCUGGCUCUCCCCCCGUCAGUGCUUGAGAUGUUUCUUGGUCUGAGUG